AUGUCUUGUCCGAAAUGCAAGGAAGGCUUCGUGCUGCCUGGCGAACCCGCCGGGAAGAUCGACACGGAUUUCCUGGGUGCCUACCACGCACCAGCGCCUUCUGGCGAGGUAUCGAAGCGCGCUAUCCUCCUCUUCACAGACGGCUUUGGGCUACCUUUGAAUAAUUGCAAACUGAUUGCGGACAACUUGGCGAAGCGCCUCGAGUGCGAUGUCUGGAUCCCGGAUUACUUCAACGGGAAGCCGAUAGUCCCAGUAGACAACCUCAGUGCGCCAGACCGUGCGGCAUUCCUGCCUUCAUUCAAAGUAGACCAGCCGUGGCGGAUGCGAGGGUCAGAUCUGUGA